UGAGGAAAAGUAGAGGUGAGUGCGAGGUCAGCUGAUCUCAGCGCAAUUGGACGGGUUGAUGGGAGAUAAGCGACGGGCGACACGCAGUGGGAAGAAGUAACGCGGGCACGCAGCCGGUGGAUAUGCUGGAUAUGGUCUGAGUACGUCGCCGAGAAGUCGAUGGGGGGUGUUGUGGCGAGGAACGACGGAGGGUUCGCGAUGGUCCCGGUGGUCAGGGGUGAGCAGCAGCAGCAGCGGCAGCAGGAGGAGGAGGAGGAGGAGGAGGAGGAGGAGGAGGAGAGUACAGGAAUUGACGAACGACCAGGAGGAAUUCCAGCUCUAAUGAGCGUCGAGCUCUUACUUGAUGGCAAACCUUCGCUGAUACCUUCUAGACCUUCUGGUGCGGCCACGUGGCGACAGCUUAGCGCCCCCGAGCACCAGGAGGAGUCCGAACUCGAGUGAGCGUCGAGAUCCUACUUCAUGGCAAACCUUUGCUUCUACCUUUUAGACCUUCUGGCGUCGAGGUUUGGAUUGAAGCAACCAGUGCCUGCUGCUGAUGCCGUGAUGAGGUUUUUGACAGCCCAUCAUGGACGGCGUCUGUUCCAAACGAACAGGCCUUUGUUUGUGGUGCGGCCACGUGGCGACAGCUUUUAGCGCUACCGAGCACCAGAUGCUAUCAAUAUCGUCAUCUCCUUGAGCAAGCUAUACCAUUCUUAUGCAUGUGCCAAUGAUGUGCGGCAAAAAACAGUACACGGAGUCUGUCUUUUGCGUAGUGAAUAGAACGCAAGGGGGUACGGUCAUUAUAGCUUUGUCGUACUUGGGUCUAACCUUCUGUCUAUAGAUGCAGUGACAGAUGACAGCAGGGCGUUCUAUUUGGGGGUGAAGAUGGUCGUUGGAACUUCAAUCCAUGGAUUGAGGAGAUGCUGCACGGAGAACCAACAAACGAGAGGGCUGCGCACUGCCGGCUUCCCCCGAACACAACACACCCUCAUUAUGAAUGUAUAGAGGCUAGAUUUCCGGUACAGUCAAGAUGGGGGUGCGUUAUGUUCGGGGGAGGACGGAAGGAGAUGAUGGUGCAAGGAGGGAACGAACAAACAGGAGGGCUGCAAUACCGUCUUCACGCCAACAGAACGCCGGGUCGGGUCAUUACAGCUGUAUUUUUUAUUUUUUUGGGAGCAACUUUCAGUCUCGAUACAGCCACAGCGAUAAGGACCGGGCGUUCUAUUCUCGUCCGUUGAAUUAGACUCUAUCGAUCUCGUUCUUGGUCAGCGACUAUUGUUGAAGAAUAGCCUCCUCAAACAGGGGUUUCUUUUUUUUUGUUUGUUUGUUUUUUUUGUUUUACCGGGGUCGUUACCCCCACCCCUCCUACUUCAAGAACGAAUUUGCAAUUCUAUUUUUCCCUCAUAGAGCGUACACACACUAGCACAAUCUUAAAUGUACCUGACCGUAAUUACGGACCUACGUGGAUGUAUCUGACCGCAUUUACGUCCAGAAGUACCUUAAAAAGUCCUAGUGCGAGCAUUGCCUUGAUUCUUUGCGUGCUUAGACAGAGGUGCUCAACGCGAUGUUCGUUGCUUGAAAUGCAGUUGUCUUUGUCCCGCACUGAGCUGCCUCAGAAGCGGCAAUAGCAGGAGGAGGCGGUGAAGGAGGAGGAGGGAGAGGAGGAGGAGGUAGUUGUAACUUGCUGUUACUAAUCUCUCUCUCUCUCUCUCUCUCUCUCUCUCUUUCUCUCUCUCUCUCUCUCUCUCUCUCUCUCGCUCGCUCGCUUUCACGCACGCGCCGCUGUGCUGUUCUCUUCUUAGGGCGUAGUCACACUUGCUUUAUAUCUUAAAUGUAUCUGACCGCAUUUUCGGUUGGAUCUAGAUGUAUAUGACCGCAAUAACGUUUAUAAAUAAGUCCUAGUAUGAGUACGCCCUCAUUGGCAAAAUGUACCAGGGGACGGAACGAUCGCACACAGGGUUUAUCUUCAAUGCCAUGCCUUCCUCGGAUCUGUGGGGCCGCACGAUUGCUCGUCCGGCCGUACGUACGGAAGUGAUAGGGACUCGCUCCACUACUCACCAAAUGCGCAACAUGAGAUGAA